UGGAACAGUUUGGUAAAUGUUUAGGUCAGUUCUUGAAUGUGAUAUCACUCCGCCAAUGUACAAUGCGUACACACCGUGUUUACGCACGGUACACGCACGGUAUAUACACGUACGUGCGGUAACCCAAUUCCUGUACCAAAGUGUACGGUUCGAUCGCAUGAAUAAAAAUCUGGGGUUUGGGACCGAGAAAAGGCCGCGGGUUAGCCCUGUUUCCGGGCCGAAACUUCCACCAAGAUGUCCAACGCCGAACUGGAGAAACUGCAGAUGCAGCUCAGGAGGGAGAUACAGAGCCACCAGAUUUUGGUUGCAAAAAUGAAGAACGACCCUCAGAAUGUUGAACUGAAGAAGCAGUUACAUGAUCAACAAGCCAAGAUAACAACUCUGAGUGAAAAACAGAAAAAGGUCGUGGAGCAGCUACGAUCUGACCUUGGUAUACAGAAAGAAUCACCGGUGGGGAAGAAUGAACAGGUGACAUCUACGCCCCUCACAACGUCCCAGAACCUCAAUAUCCCAAACCGGGCAGUGCCCACCUCUACUGCCGCCAUCAGUAAGACACCCCCGGGGGCGCAGCGGGGGUCGUCACAGCACCAUCAUCACCAGCACCAGUCCCCCACCACGCCCACGCGGAUGUCUAUCCUGACCAACAAGCCCACCACGGUCACCAUCAAGGUGCCCAACGUGGCCAGCCGGCUGGCCCAGAGCAAGCACACGCCGGCAGGCCAGCCCCUGCAGAAGGAGCCCAGUAGUCCCAGUAACCUGUACAAGAAGCUCACCGCCUUGCCGAGACCCUCAGCACCUGGUCAUGGUGGUGUUAGGAACAAUGCAACCAAGAAGCCCCUGUCCCCUGAGGAACAGAAACUUGAAUUCAUGGCUUCGCUGGGGUUGAUCACUCAGAAGACUGCGGAACAGCUCAGGUGUAAAAGGUCAGAAAGAAAACGACGGAGCACAGCCAAUCCACAGUUCUCCAACUACGACAGACAGGAAAUGGAGAGCCGACAGUCAGCAACACGUUUCCUGGAGGCAAACGGGUUUGGCCAAGAGAAACGGAAAAGAGGAAAGUUCCACAAAGGGUCAGAGGGAUCAGCAGAUAACGCUGAGAACAAUCUGAACGGCACACUUCAUAAACAGGAGGUUGAUAAGCACCAAGACCACUGCUCAGCUUGUGGUCUGGCCACGGACGAGCUCCUCAUGUGUGACACCUGCCCCUUGGUGUACCACCUGGGCUGCCUUGACCCCCCUCUCUCUGCCGUUCCCCCCGGCAUGUGGAGUUGCCCGCAGUGCAAGUUAAAAGGUUCCCAGUCUGACUGGCAUGGUACGCUAGCCAUUGUGCACUCCUACGUCCAGCACCGGACCAUGAAGGAAGAGGAGAAACGACGGCUGCAGAAGAGAGCGUCAGAACUACAGAAUGAGAGAGUACAGCUCGAGGAUAAGGCCAGACAACUCAACGAUGCAAUAGCUAAGCAAAUGCAAGCCAGAGACUGCCUGACGGAAUCCUUCCGGAAGACAGAAAAGGCCAUCGUACAACUCCAGGGCUUUAUCUCACGCUUCCAAGUUUAACAGUAACCCCCCUUCAGUACUGCAGUGGAAUGCUCCUGCACUGAGCUUUUGCUUACCCUCAUAAUCUACCCUCCCUCUGUACUGCGAUGGAAUGUCCCUAUGCUGCACAGCACCCCAUUUGUGGAAUCUACCACUGACCAUUCCAGGUAUAUCCUAAAAGGUUAGCUUCAAUAACUUCGGCAAUAUUGUCACAAUAUUAUGCAUUUCCCCAAAACAGAAAUGAAGGUGCCUGCAUUUUGUAAUUUUCAACCCUACUGUUGUUUCUUGUGUUGCCUAUUAUGUUGAUCUUAUCUGGACUGAACAGCAUUUUUGCCACUACCCCCAGAACUGGAAUGGAAUAUUCCUUGAGCAUUUGUACUUUAGGAGGCUUAUUUCAUCGCACCCACAGCUUAUUUGUUUCCUAUUCAAUUUAAUUUUCCUGGAGCAUUUAGUUUUAGGUGCGUUAUGUUAUCUUUAUCCACUUUUUGCCUUGAACAAAUUGAUGUGCAAAAUACCAAUCUGCCAAACGUUGCACAUUUUGAGAUAUUUGACUUAAGAUAAAGCAUCCCUAUUCAAUACACACGCCGGUUUUUUGUAUGAUCAGGCUUGCCACUGGGAGUUGGACAAGAAUGAGGAAAUUCCAGGCUUUUACAAGACUUUUCAAUUUAUAACGGCAUGAGUGUGCAGUGAAAACUGAGGCAAUCAGUGGAUUGAGCGGAGGGCAAGUUGCAUUCCUGUAUAACCCAUUUUCUCUUGCAUACUUCCCGGCAACAGGAAAUCUUUUUGUAAUUCCCAAUUUCUUUUGGCAGGGGGACACUUCACAUAUUUUGCCAUGGCCCAAAAAACAUGAAAAAACCACCUAAGGAAAAAAAACCAAAAAAAAAAAA